AAUGAUGAUGAUGAUGAUGAUGAUGAUGAUGAUGAUGAUGAUGAUGAUGAUGAUGAUGAUGAUGAUGAUGGAUGAUGAUAAUAAUAAUAAUGAUGAUGAUAGUGAUUGAGAAGCUUGUUUCGGACUUCAACUCUGGUCUACUCUCCAUUAUCCUUCGGUUACUUUUCAGACUGAAAAGAAAUCUUAGUUCUGCUUUUAGCCGCCCACCUAACUUUCCUUCCUCCUCCCCCUCCUCCUUCUUCUCCUUCUCCACCUACUCUUCUGUGACCUUUCGUCUUUAUCACCAAUUUUUCUACUUUAUCCUCUCCCUUUACCUCUACCUGAAACAUUAUCUCUCCCCCUUUCCCAUAGUACAUUGCUAUUAUCGCUAAAGCAUGCCAGUUCAAUCCACCUUUAUAUUUAUUAAUCCCCGCUGCUUAUUAUUAUUAUUAUUAUUAUUAUUAUUAUUAUUAUUAUUAUUAUUAUUAUUAUUAUUAUUAUUAUUAUUAUUAUUAUUAUUAUUAUUAUUAUUAUUAUUAUUAUUAUUAUUAUUAUUAUUAUUAUUAUUAUUAUUAUUAUUAUUAUUAUUAUUAUUAUUAUUAUUA